GACAGUGAAAUUAAAAAAGAUAAUAAUGGCGGACGUAUUGUAAAGUGACGCAAACGUAACGUCCUACGGCAUGCGUUUUAUUAAUAUUUUCAGAGUUCAAGUUGUGUUAAAUCGUUUUUUAACGUCAUUAGUGAACACAUGACCAUUUAGAGAGUUGUCGGCAGUACACCCGAACAAUGGCGCGCGAGUUUGAUCAUCUUUUUAAACUGCUGAUUAUCGGUGACAGUGGUGUGGGUAAGAGCUGUUUGCUCCUGCGGUUCGCCGACAACACGUUUUCGGGUAGCUACAUUACGACGAUAGGCGUCGAUUUCAAAAUAAGAACCCUAGAAAUUAACGGAGAGCGAGUGAAGCUGCAGAUAUGGGACACUGCAGGACAGGAGAGGUUCAGGACGAUAACCAGCACAUAUUAUCGGGGCACUCACGGCGUCAUCGUUGUGUACGAUGUCACCAACGGAGAAUCCUUCGCGAACGUCAAACGGUGGCUACAUGAGAUCGAACAGAAUUGUGAUGUAGUGAACAAAGUUUUAGUUGGAAACAAGAAUGAUUGUCCGUCUCGGAAAGUGGUGGUCACGGAGGACGCGCAGAGGUUCGCCAGCCAGAUGAACAUACCCCUGUUCGAGACUAGUGCAAAAGAGAAUAUCAACGUGGAGGAGAUGUUUCUCACUAUCACAAAAAUGGUACUAAGAUCAAAGUUGGAAAUGAAAGAGAGACAAAACGUCACAUCAAACGACACAGUCAACUUGAAGAAUAGCCGCAGCAAAAACAAGAAGAAGUGUUGCUAGUGGUGAAAUAGGGCACAGUGCCGGACACUUACGCUAUGCUCAAAUACUGUGUUGCACAACCCAGAACCACGGACCAUGCAAGUGUUACAUUAGUGUCAGAAUAUUUUCCUAUUCGGAAUACAUGUCAUACUGUCCAGUUACUGGUGCUAGGAAUACUGAAAUGCAUCUGUUUAUCCUUUUUCAGUUGUUGAAAAUGGUAAGCUGUGUUCUUGUAGACUUGAUUGGGCAGUUUGGACGUCAUGAAGGGUAAUUUAGAAAUAUGUAAUGCAUUUUAAUGCAUGUUAUAUAAUGUUGAUCUCUAUAUGAAAUUUUGUCGCAAUUGAGAAGGUUCUUAUGGGAAUAUGGCCUGCAGACAGCACAAUAGUAUCAUUAUUAGACAGUUUUAAUUGUCACACAUUUACAUGAUUUUUUUUAUUUUUAUGAAUGGGCUUACUCUUGACCACAGACUAGCCAAAGGCAAAGACGUGGCCUACGAUGGAGUGAGCUCGCUCAGAACAUAAAGUAUCAUUUAAAAUUUGUACAACU